CCAUAUUUGGUCGUGGCUUCCGGUGACUCUCACCGCCUCAUGAUGGCGUGUCUGUGGCGCGUGCUGCCACAGCUCUCAGGUUUUGGCGCCUUGGUGAGGGAGCGGGACACAGCGUUCCGGCUGGCAGGCCUGGCAGUCCGCUACCAGAGCACCCAGACGGCCCCUCACAUCCCCGGCAUGGAGUAUCAGGACGCAGUCUGCACCCUGAACACGCUGCAGACCAACGCCAGCGCUCUGGAGCAGGUCCGCAGAGGAAGGAGUCACCCUCAGCAGCAGCUGCAGGCCAUGAGAGGCUUCCUGGAGCGGACCGGGCUCACGGUGGAUCAGCUUGAUCAGCUCAAUAUCAUUCACGUCACAGGGACAAAGGGCAAGGGAUCCACAUGUGCUUUCACAGAACAGAUCCUCAGAACUUAUGGCUUCCGGACUGGAUUUUACAGCUCCCCACACCUGGUCCAGGUCAGAGAGAGGAUCCGAAUCAACGGCCAGCCCAUCAGUAAGGAUCUCUUCACUAAAUACUUCUGGCAGGUUUAUGGAAGGCUGGAUGAAACCAAGGAGGUCCACGGAGGGACGAUGCCGGCCUACUUCCGAUUUCUCACCAUCUUGGCCUUCCACAUCUUCCUGCAGGAGAAGGUGGAUCUGGCUGUGAUCGAAGUCGGCAUCGGAGGAGCGUACGACUGCACCAACAUCAUCAGGAGGCCCUGGGUCUGCGGGAUCUCCUCUCUUGGCAUCGACCACACCCAGAUUUUAGGAGACACCAUAGAGAAGAUCGCCUGGCAGAAAGGAGGAAUCUUCAAGCCGGGCGUUCCUGCGUUUACAGUCCGGCAGCCGGAGGACGCCAUGGCCGUCCUGAGGGACCGAUCCAGAGAGAUACAGUGUCCUCUCUGGGUGUGUCCUGACCUGGACCAAUACCCCACAGACUCUGGACCUUUACAGCUGGGCCUGGCUGGACAGCACCAGCGGUCCAACGCCUCCCUGGCGCUGCAGCUGAGCCACACCUGGCUGCAGAGGAGAUGUGGACCAGAUCAAAGCUGCUCUCCUCUCCUGGAUCCGGAGAACAGCUCUAUAGCCCAGGCAGCGUCUUUCAAACCCAGCCCUGUCAUGGUGAAAGGCCUGGCGAGCACAGAGUGGGCCGGCAGGACGCAGACUCUCAGACACGGAGCGCUGACCUACUUCCUGGAUGGAGCUCACACCAGGCGCAGCAUGCAAGCCUGCGUCCAGUGGUUCAGAGAGACCGCCGCCCAACACGAGAGGAAUGCCAGUGGAGCUGUGGUCAGAGUGCUGCUGUUCAACGCCACGGGGGAGCGAGAUUCUGCUGCCAUGCUGAAGCUGCUGGUGCCGUGUCACUUCGACUUCGCCGUGUUCUGCCCAAACAUCACCGAAGCCGUGGCGUCCUGUAACGCAGACCAGCAGAACUUCAACGUGUCCGUGGAGAACAUGCUGACCCGCUGCCUGGACAACGAGCGCAGCUGGCGUCUCCAUAGUGACCGGAGAGACCAGGAAGUGCUGCCGCUGCUGAUAGAGGACAGCCUGCCGCUGCUGACGGAGAGAAAAACCGACACGCUGGUUUUCCCGUGCAUCCUCAGCGCCCUGCAGUGGAUCACCCAGGGCAGAGAUCCGGUUCUGACUGACCCGGCUCAGACUGCGCUUCCUGUUAAACCCAGCAUCUCUGCCAGGGCCGCUCCUCUGCGGGACGCUGCUGAGAUCCACGUCCUGGUAACCGGCAGCCUGCACCUGGUGGGAGGAGUCCUCAAACACCUGGACCCGGAGUCGGCCAAGUAAACCGUCCGGACUGGGAGGACUGGGAUAACCACUGGGAAUAAUGGUGGGGUUUAUUUUCAAGGUGUCCAGGUUCUGAAGGUCCUCACACCAAACAGACAGUUAGCUGUCAGGAGUGAAAGGAGCGUCAGAAGAUUGGAUCAUGUUCUCUGAAGCUCCUCCCCCUUCUCCAGUUGCUGUAAAGCUGAUCCGUGAUUGGCUGCUGAGCAUCAUGGAGUCACUACUCAUUAAAUCCAUGAUGCUAUUUUUCAAUAUCUGAGGUAAAUUAUCCAAACUUUUUUGUCUGAACCCAAAGAAAACGAGAUCAGAACCAGCAGUGACCCAUUCCACUUUUACAGCUGAUGCGGGGGGGUCAGUUCUGCACUUUUUUUUUUUUUUUUAUCUCCCACCAAUCAGAUCAUUGAAUUAUCCUGAGCUCCAGUAGUUUGGUGCAUCGGGACCGUGGUUCCGUUCUGACCGAGCCUCACCCAUAGCCUUACAGAUGAGCGUGCACGCACGUUUUUCCUCUUACUUGAAGCCGAAUGUGUUUACAUAAUCCGUCUCUUCAGGAUCGGUCGCCGGUCCAGAACCCUGGAACCGGUAAAAACUGGAUCUCUGCCUUCAUCAUCAUCUCAGCUCCUUCUCAGUGUGGAUCUAUUUCCUUGUAUCAGUCCUGUGGAGAACAUGUCAUCUAUAAGUGUUACCAGAGGAUCUCCGAUCCGUUUCACUUCAGCCUUAAUUUAUAUGAUUAUACUGACACCUACAGUUGGGGAGAGGUACUGCAGCAUUGAAUUCAGCUUAAACUUCUUUUUUUUUGUUUCAGUAAAGCCCACUGCAUCGGAUGCACUUAAACUUUGUGAUUGAAAGCAGAACUGUUCCCUUAAAUUAUUUAAAUAAAAUAAAUAUUUCAGGCUUAUUUAUCUCAAUCAGAUGUGGCUAACGAUAAGCUUUACUAAUUAACUACACACUUUAACAGAUGUGUAAGUACUGAUGUAUUAAUUCCAUGAAUUAUCUGUUAAGUCCCAAACUAAUGUAUUUCCCUCAUCAGUGGAGUCGCUGAGGGUUGAAACGUUUUUGCCUCAAUAAUAAAUGUAAAAGAUGCUGAAAUGAAGAUGGUGCCAAUAAAUAUUGUUUAAAAAAA